GGAGAGGCUGCGUGGUGAUUGGCUGUGGCGCGUUAGGAACGUGGCUACGGUGGAGAGUCUUGGGGUUGGACAGUCCACGCCAGGCGUUGAUUGGUUGCCAAGAGGCGGGGCUACUCGACUGCUGGAGAAGCAGCCGCGGCGGUGAGGAGAGCCAUGGGUCAGGCCGCCAAGGUUUUACGGCUCUUUAAAACAUUGCACAGGACCAGACAACAAGUUUUUAAAAAUGAUGCCAGGGCAUUAGAAGCAGCCAGAAUAAAGAUAAAUGAAGAAUUCAAAUGUAAUAAAAGUGAAACUUCUCCUAAGAAAAUAGAAGAGCUAAUAAAAAUAGGUUCUGAUGUUGAAUUGAUACUUAGAACAUCUGUUAUACAAGGUAUUCACACAGACCACAAUACGCUGAAAUUGGUCCCUAGGAAAGACCUUCUUAUAGAAAAUGUGCCAUAUUGUGAUGCACCAACUCAGAAGCAAUGAAUUUUUCUAGAGUAAAAUCACAUCUUUGUCGUUUUUAAUUUUAAAAUAUGUAACUGGCUCAAGUCAUAGAAAUGCAGACAUAUUUCUCUGAACUGGCAUAUUGAAAAUGAGUGAAUUAAAAUACAGUUUCAUGAUUAUUUUCAUGUUAAAAGGACAUUGCUAAAAACUAGAGAACAUAUUUAAGUAUUUCUAAAGAACAUUAGAUAAGAAGAAUUUCAUUUUUACUGAAAAUGAAACUGUAUAAAGGGAAAUAAAUGCUUAGGGAGGUAUAUCAUACUCACUUUUUUUUUGACCUUGGUGAAUAUUUUGGUUUUAUCAUAGCUAUUUGAGAAUGAAGUGUUUUGACAGGUUGAUGGGUUUUCUUCCCAAGUGAAAUGACUAUUAGAUUAAAACUAUUAGAUUACAUUAAUACUUAGUCCCCAGAAGAUUGUCCAAAAAACAUAAUGUGUGCCAACUCUCAACAAAAGGUAGCCUUUGUUUCCUAAAGCACUGAAAUUAUUUCAGUAACUAACAAAUAAUUAUAUAGUUUCCUUUUAGAGAUAAAGCAUAUCUCUGUGUUCCUAUAAAGAAAAUUUUUAAUCAGUCUUCUAAAGAUAGGUGAAUAAAAUCAUGUAGGAUAACCCAAAUAAAGCACUCUUAAUUUUUAAAGAAAACAGAGGCCCUUGAUCAAACUGUGUAAUAUAGCCUGAGUAGAAUUAGCUGUACUUAGACCCCAGCUAGAUUGUAUUGUGAAAAUGUAAUGUAUGGCUGCAUCUUCUUCAUUUUAAUCAGUAAGACCUAAAUGGCUCUUUUUCUAACACAUGUUUCAUCCCUAACAAGAUUGGCAGUUAUCACAAAACAGCUUGGCAUUCUCCCAUCCAAUGGUAGGAACUACAAAAUGGUGUUCAGUCUUCUUCUUGUUUCUCUUGUAUCUAUGCAUCUUUAUCAUUCUGUUUUCUCGAGGAACACUGUGUUCUCUUCCCUUCCCUGGCCAGCUCUCCCGUUUGAUGAUGACACAGCGUUUUCUAAUCUUUAUAGGAUUCUCAGUGCAAGCUGUAUUUGUUGGCAAAACACAUUGGUAUAGCCAUACUGGAUAUAAAAUGUCGUAUUUAAAAAUAACUUAAUUUUAGUAGAUCAAAAAAUUAUCAUCAAAAUUACUGAGACAUAGUACAGUUAGUAUUAAACCAGAGGCUACCUUUAAUGCCUCCCAUUGCUUUGGAGAUUGGUUAGUCGUCUGGGAGAUGGAUUACAUAGGUCAAAAGAUUUGCUACGUAAUUUUUUAAUCUCCCAUAUAUAUUUCUUAUUGUGUGUAUGGAAAUCAUAGCUACAUCAAAAUAAAAGUUGCUUCAAAUUUGAAAUUUGCCCUUAUAAGAAAAUGGUGAACAUCAAAAUCACUGGUAAAUUCCCUGGCUUACUACUGUUUCGACAGUAAAUGUCUUUAUUAUAUAUUUUGAGGAAAGUUGGGCUGACAUAAUUUAAAUUUAAUAUAUACUUUAGUUGUCUCAGGAUUGUUUAACAUUUUUAAAAGUUCCUAGCUUUUUUCUUUAACCUGAAUUCUCUUGUUCCAUUCCUCGCUCAUGUUAAUUUAAAAAUAUCUAAUCAAAAAAUAGGGUUUUUUUUAACAAACUAGGUAUUAUUAGGAGCAAUGUAGAGUAAUAAUCUACAUGUUACAUAGAAUAAAAAAUAAUUAUUAAAGCUAGUAGCUUAGACAUUUUAAUCUAUAUGUUGUAUGUAUAUAUCAUAUAUAUGUAUAUAUAUGUAUAGAGCUAUUUGAGCAAUAGGAUUUGAACCACUAGCGUUUUAAAUAAGUCUGCCCCAUUGGUAAUGUGCAAAAUAUAUAUAUAUGUAUAUAUAGUGCUUUGAUAGCUUAAGACUGUGCAAUAAAAUUCCUGUGUAAUAUACCAGCAUAUCAACAAUAGAUAUCAUAAAACGAUGUCAUAAAUUUUUGAAAGAUUUGGCACUCUAUCCUUAAAUAGCAUAUAUUUAAGAGGUCUUUGUGGUGCACUGGGUUAAGGAUCUGGUGUUUUUACUGCAGCAGCUUGGAUCGUUUCUGUGGUGUGGGUUCAAUCCCUGGCCUGGGAACUUCCAUGUACCACAGGUGUGGCCAGAAAGAAUAGCAUAUAUUUAUUAUUUUAAAUGAAUUUUAGCAUUAUUUAAUAGUUUCAUUAAAUCACUUAAAACAAUUUAUGGGUUCUCAGCUCGUUGUGGAAAAAAAAAAAGAUUGUCAUUAUUCUAGAGAGUAAAGGACAUCUCUAUACGGUUUAUUUUGUAAACCAUUUAUAAAAUUUUGAGCGUGAAGAUUCUCUAAGUACCUGACCUCUCUAUGGUACAAUGUCAAAUUUAACUAAAUCUUUUCAAGUUAUUUAGUUUAAAAAAGCUUUUCAUGUUUCCAAAGGAAACACUAUCUGACAUUUCACUUUGACUCUUGAAAUCUAGUGAAAGCAGGUGGUACAAAUUCUCCUUGCAGAUAUCUAGGUACAGAGGCCCAGCAGGACUUUGUAAAACAAUCUUUUGGCAGAAGUUAGAAAGGGUGUGUGGCAGGAGAAUCAAAUACAGCAAGCAUGUGUGGGGAAGAAUCCUUCACUAAUGGUUUGAAGCUAAGGGAAAUAUGAGACUUGCAUAUAACAUCUAAUUCAGAACAUUGAAAUUAAGAUUUGAGUCAAAUUGUGUUUAAAUUGGUCCUCCUUUUGCCUCCAGUUGCAUCUUUUAACAUCAAUACAAUGUUCACAAAGCACACAAUAAUAAUAAUAAUAGGUAGAAUUUCUAUACUUAUUGACAAAACCAAUCACUUAACUGUAAACACAAAGCCAUAGGUCAACAAAGAAGUGAAAAUUCCAGUUCUUAGGCAAAAUUUUCUAAAGUGAAGGUGAUAAAUACAAAAUUAAUGUAACUAUACUAUAUGUCAAGAAUAACCAGUCAGAAACGAAAUGGAAAAAAGAUCCUGUUUAUAAUGGCAGACGAAACUACAAAAUAGGGAGAGACUUAACAAAAAAGAAAGAAUUGUUAAAACUUAAAAAUGAAAAACAUUCUGUGUUCUUAGAUGGGGAAGUUGAAAAUUUUGGAGAUGACAUUUCUUCUCUUUUUUUUUUUUUAAAUAGAUGAGUUUUUUGGGGUUUGCGGUUUUUUGGGGUUUGUUUGCGGGUGAGGUCUUUUUACGACCUCACCCGCGGCAUAUGGAAGUUUCCAGGCUGGGAGUUGAAUCAGAGCUGUAGCUGCCAACGUAUACUACAGCCACAGCAAUGCCAGACCUCAUCUGUGUCUGUGACCUACACCACAGCUCACAGUAGUGGUGGAUCCUUAACCCACUGAGCAAGGCCAAGGAUCAAACCCGCAUCCUCUUGGUGUCAAGUUGGGUUCCUUACCACUGAGCCACAACUGGAACUCCAAUAGUUCUUUAAAACGUAAUCUAUCAAGGCCAGGAAUUGAACCUGCAUCCUCAUGGAUCCUAGUCGGGUUCAUUAACUGCUGAGCCAUGAAGGGAACUCCUCCCAUGCUUGUUUUUAAUACUUUUAUCAAAUGUGAAUAUAUUCAAAACAAUAUAUAGUAUUGUUCUGUGGUUUUUAAAUGCGAGUGAAUGGUGAUAUGCUCCAUAUACUCUGCAUCUUACUUUUCAUCACACAUUAGGUUCUGACAUUUAUCUGUAGUGUUGGAUAAUAUCUAGGUCUUUCACAUUUAUGUCUUAUUCUUUUGUAAGAACAAGCUAGCUUAUCCAUGUCUCUCUCUCUAUCACUUUCUUUUAUGGCCACACUUGCAACAUAGGAAACUUCCUGGGCCAGUAAUCAAAUCAGAGCUGCAGAUGGCAGCCCACACCCCAGCCACAGCAACAUUAUAUCUGAGCCUCAUCUUCGACCUGCACCACAGCUCACAGCAAUGCCAGAUCCUUAACCCACUGAGUGAGGUCAGUCAUCAACCUGCAUCUUCACAGACACUAGGUCGUGUUCUUAACCCCCUGAUCAACAAUGGGAACUCUUAUCCAUGUCUCUUGAUCAACAAUAGUAUUGUUUAAUUUUACUGAUACUGCAAACAAGCAGGUGAAUUCUUGAACUCAUGUAAAAGUGCAUCUGGAUAUAUACCAAGAAUCACAACUUUUGAAGCAUUGGGUAUGUACAUAUUCCACUCUUGCAGGAAUUGGUUUGUUCUUUAACUGUACCAGUUUACACUUCAGUUAACCCUGUGUGAGAGGUCCCUUUUCUCCAUAUCCUUACUGUUAUCGUUAUGUCUGACUUUUCUCAUUUUUGUCAAACUGAUGGGUAUGAAAAGGUAUCACAUUGCUUUAAUUUGCGUUUCUGGAUUACUGGUGAGGUAGAUCAUCUUGUCAUGUUUAUGAUCAUUGUGGUUUUCCAUGAUGAAUAAGUGUCCAUGUCCUUUGUUCACUUUUUUCUUUUGGAUUGUCGUUUCUUACUGACCCUUUAUAUACUCUUGAAUUUAAUCCUGUGUUGGUUAUCUUUGAUGCAAGUGUCUUUUUCUAAUACGUGGUUUGUGUUUCAGUUCUAUUUAGGAUAAACCUAUAGUAUAGGACUUUAUUUUAGUGUAUUCAUUUUUUAAAAUCUUUGUUAUUAAGGUAAGUGUCAUAUCUUAUAUCUAAGUAUAGUUGCUUUGCAGUGUUAGGCCAAUUUCUGCUAUACAGCAAAGUGACCCAGUCAUAUAUAUAUAUAUAUAUAUAUAUGUAUAGAUAUGUGUAUAUAUGUAUAUGUAUAUACAUUCCCUUUCUUAUAUUGUCUUCCAUCAUAGUGUCUAUCCCAAGAGACUGGAUAUAGUUCCCUGUGCAAUAGAGUAGGACCUUGCUGCUUAAAUAUUUAAAUGUAAUAGUUGCCUCUGCUAACUUCAAACUCCAAUCCAUCCCACUCCCUCCCUCCUCCCCCAAUCACAAAUCUGUUCUCUAUGUCUGUGAGUCUGUUUCUGCUUUGUAGAUAGAUUCAUUUGUCCAUAUUUUAGAUUUCACAUAUAAUGAUAUCAUAUGGUAUUUGUCUUUCUCUUUCUGACUUACUUCACCUAGUAUGAGAAUCUCUAGUUGCAUCCAUUGCAUGCAGUUGCAGCUGCAUGCAGAUGCAUCUGUUGCUACAAAUGGCAUUGUUUCAUCCUUUUUUAUGGCUGAGUAGUGUUCCAUUAUAUAUAUGUAACACAUAAAUUAAUUCAUCUUUUAAUGAACAUUAGGUCACUUCCAUGUCUUAGAUACUGUGAAUAGCGGUGCUAUGAACAUGAGGGUGAAUUGUGUAUUUUACUGAACUAUAGUUUUCUCUGGAUAUAUGCCCUGGAGUAGGAUUGCUAGAUCAUAUGGUAGUUCUGUAGUCCCUUUUUUGAGGAACCUCCACAUUGUUUUCCAGAGUGUUUUACCAAUUUCCAUUCCCACCAACAGUGUAGGAGGGUUCCCUUUCUCACACACUCUACAGAAUUUGUUAUCUAUAGAAUUAUUCAUGAUAGUCAUUCUGGUUGGUGUGGGGUGGUGUACCUCAUCGUAGUUUUGAUUUGCAUUUCUCUAAUAAUCAGUGAUGUUGAGUAUACUUUCAUGUGCCUACUGGCCACCCAUAUGUCCACUUUGGAGAAAUGUCUAUUCAGGUCUUCCGCCCAUUUUUUGAUUGGGUUGUUUUUGUUGUUGUUGUUGAUUUGAAUGAGUUCUUUGUGUAUUUUGGAGAUUAAGCCCUUGUUGAUUGCAUUAUUUGCAACUAUUUUCUUCCAUUCCGUAGACUGUCUUUUGAUUUUUUUAUGGUUUCCUUUCCUGUGAAAAAGCUUAUCAGUUUGAAUAGGUCAAAUGCUUUCUUUUUGUUUUUAUUUUUUAAAUUUUUUAUUAUGAUUGAUUUACAGUGUUCUGUCAAUUUCUGCUGUAAAGUGUCCCAGUCAUACAUGUAUAUACAUUCUUUUUCUCACAUUAUCCUCCAUCAUGUUCCAUCACAAGUGAUUAGAUAUGUAGUUCCCUGUGCUAUACAGCAGGAUCUCAUUGCUCAUCCACUCCAAGUGCAAGAGUUUUCAUCUACUAACCCCAGACUCCCAGUUCAUCCCACUCCCUCCCCUUCUCCUCAGCAAACAUGAGUUUGUCCUCCAUAUCCAUGAUCUUUUCUGUUUUGUAGAUAGAUUAUUUGCACCAUAUUUUAAACCCCAUAUAUAAGUGGUAUCAUAUGAUGUCUUUCUCUUUCUGACUUACUUCACUCAGUAUGACAGUCUAUAGUUCAAUCCAUGUUGCUGCAAAUGGCAUUAUUUUGUCCUUUUUUAUGGCCAUUGGUUUAUUUUGUUUUUAUUUCUCUUGCCAUGGGACACUAAGAAAACACUUGUAUGGUUUAUAUCAGAAUGUUUUUUCUAUGUUUUUUUCUAGUUUUAUGGUGUCAUGUCUUAUAUUUUAAGUCCUUAAGCCAUUGUGAGUUUAUUUUUGUGCAUGGUGUGAGGGUGUGUUCUAGUUUCAUUGAUUUACAUGCAGCUGUCUGGUUUUCCCAGCACCACUUGCUGAAGAGACUGCCUUCUUCCCAUUUUAUAUUCUCGCCUCCUUUGUCAAAGAAGAAUUGACCAUAGGUGUCUGGGUUUAUUUCUGGGCUCUCUAUUAUGUUCCAUUGAUAUGCAUAAAAAAUAUUUUUCUUCAUUAAUUUUGUUUUUAUAGCUUUUUAAGAAAUUCUUUUCUUCUCCAAAAUCAUAAAGAUGUUCCAGUACAUUAUCCUCUGAACAUUGAAGUUUCUAUUUUUUAUAUUCAGGCCUUUAUAUCAUCUAGAACUUAUUUCUGUUUAUGAUAUGAGAGAAGGGUCUCAUUUUAUCUUUUUUAUGAGAGAACAAUUUGCUUCACCAUCAUGUAUUGACUAGCCCAUCCUUUUCCUGAUAACACCUAAAGCUACUUUGAUUGUAUCUCAAGUUACUAUAUGUUAGAAUCAGUGUAAUCUUCUUAGCUGUUCGAGGACUUUGCCCCUACAGUGGUCCCCCUCCUCUGACAAAUAUUUUUUUUCACCUCUCCUCUAGAUUGUUCUCAACAGCAUUCAACAUUUUGAAAUAUUUCCUAUCUUAAAAAAAAAAAAAAAAAAAAA